AUGUAUUUAAAGGUGUACAUGUUCAUGGAUCAAGACAGAAACCGUGAACCAAUAGAAUCGCCGCAUCGUUCACGGCACGCCUACAGUGUCCUGCUCUCACGCAGCAUCCGUUCGAAACAUGUUAGUUUAUCGGCAGCCUUCGAGGCGAAAGGACUGCAGAGCAGCAGUGCAGUUUUAUUAAGUGAAAUGACUUCUUUAAAUAGUGAUGUAAACACAAAUAAACUGAAGUUUAGUGUAGAUAGUAUAUUGGGGAACAACGAGAAAUCGAAUUCGAAUUCGUCUGCAGAAUUGCAGAGACAGCAAGAGCCUCCGUGCGCGGGUUGUGUGGCCGCGCUGUAUCGCUGCUGUAGGGAUGAACCACCCUUAUUGCAGUUGCCUUUGCCUAUUCCAUACACGCAUUUGCACCCUGCUUUGAGACCGACUACAGUGUAUCGUCUUCCUAUUCCCUCAUCAUCACCACCUCAAAUAACGCCUCGCUGUGAUGUUACAUCGAGCGGUAAACGGAAGAGAUCCUGGUCACGUGCCGUGUUCAGCAACCUUCAACGAAAGGGCCUCGAGAGAAGGUUCCAAAUACAGAAGUAUAUUACUAAGCCAGAUCGACGGCAAUUGGCGGCUACUUUAGGAUUAACAGAUGCACAGGUCAAAGUAUGGUUUCAAAACCGACGCAUGAAGUGGCGUCACACGAAGGAAGGGCGCGGAGGUAUAUCCACCGCAACAGGCAUUCCAGGAAGAGAUCCAGACUCCACAAACGAUGACAACGAAGAGGUCGAUGUUGAUACUCUUAGUGAUUAACGGGAAAUUACUCUUCAUAUAUUAGUCAAGUCAUAAAAGACUCAGUUAAUAAAUCAAUAUCAAGGAAUUUACCUUGCGACCAAUUUGUUCAAUUGUUAAUAACUGAGUAAUUUUAAAAACAACUAUAUGUUUUAGUACUUUAAUGGCUUGGAGCUGUUUUACAGAGUACUCUUGGUCAGCGUGUUUUUCUUUAUAUGCCUAUAAAAAUGUUAUUUAGGUAUAAGUGUAUAGAAAGUAUAAAAUUAAAUCAUUUUUAUAAAA